AUGUAUAAUGCCAACCCCAACAGCGUACCAGUCGAUCCGCACGUGAAGUUGCAGAAGGAAGACGGUGAGCCUGAAAAGAACAUACCCUUCAGAGAAGCGGUGGGCUCCCUCAUGCACCUGGCUAUAGUGAGUCGACCAGACAUAAUGUAUGCUGUCAGUCUGGUUAACUCAGCAAUGUCGGUGGAGGGGCAUCGGUGCCUGUGUGUCGUGGUGCUCAUCGUACACACAGUGACAGGCGCCGGGGAAAGCCCAUCACCACCGACGCUCCCAUCAUCAGCGCCGACCCUCAAGAGCGAGCACAACGAGCUCACUGUCUCUUUCCCUCCUCUGGACGAUCUUUACCGAAACACCCCCGAGAAGCACUUCGGGACUGAGAAUAACACGGUCGUGACGUCACAAACUGGCUCUACCGCACUCCUGCCGUGUGUUAUAAGGAACAUUGGAGAUGGAAUUGUAUCAUGGAUCAGAAGAAAAGACUACCAUCUGUUAACAGUAGGUCUAACGACGUACAGUUCAGACCAGAGGUUUCAAGCCAUACAUCUUCAGCAUUCAGAGGACUGGACCCUGAAGGUCCGUUUCGUUCAGAAGCGGGACGCCGGUAUCUACGAGUGCCAGGUGUCGUCGCAUCCGCCCACCAGCCUGUUCCUAAGGCUCGACGUAGUCGAGGCACGAGCGCAGAUAUCAGGGCCGACAGACAAAUACCUGAAGCCAGGGUCAACGCUGCGACUGCAGUGCUCGGUGGUGCAGACGACUGAGGCGCCUGCGUUUGUGUUUUGGUACCACAACAGCAGGAUGAUCAACUACGACCUUGAGAGAGGCAUCAACGUGACUACAGACCCUGCACAGCGGCUGUCAGACCUGCUAAUACCAGCAGCCAGCGUGUCGCACACUGGCAAUUACACUUGCGUGCCCAACAACGCAAUACCUGCUAGUAUAUACGUGCAUAUUUUUAAUGGUGAAAACCCAGCAGCGAUGCAAUCAUCGUCACCCAGUUAUAUCCGUCUAAACCUCAACGGGUUCCUAUUACCGACACUAGUUACCAUCAACAUCAUACGGUGACAAUACUAACUGAACAAUGUACUCUAACCCUUAGAGUUAAGGUGUAUAUCGCUUGGGUGGGGACGGCAGCCAUUACGGGAUAUGGGUACACAACAUUGUUCAGACAGUGUUCUAAUUAUGGACUGGCACAGAAUAUAAAUGAA